AUGAUGGCUCCUCGAUACAACAGCGACAAGUUUCCCCUCUACAAACCUCCGCCUCCGCCGCCAGAAGAGGAGGACGCGCUUAAGUGGAGCGGGGAACUGGAAGACUUGCCUUCCGACGACGACAUUAAGCGCGAGAUCAAAAGGCGCGUCACGAAUCAGUCAAUCAAGGCGCUUCCGGCGUUUUCGGAGGACGAUCUGCGCGACUUCUAUAAGAAUCUCGUUCUUGCUGGCAAGAAGGACAUGAUCGAAAGCGUUCCGAGGCUUGAGGCUCCCAAGGUGACACCUCAGCAGCGGCAGCAGAUUCUUGAGAACCUCCUUUCCCGCUUGGAAGCGCCGAAGACGGAGACCUCUUCGGACCAACAAGACGACCAGGCGGCGGCAGAUGCGCCGAUCAUCGACGCUCCCACUAUUCCGAGAAACAUGCCUACGCACGUCGCGCUCACGAGCGCUCUUCUGCAAAUGGGCCGUGAUGAGCCGUCAGGAUCCUUCGAUGUCCCCCUGGGUCUUGUUACCCAGUCCGAGUGGCAAGCUCUCCUGGACACAUUCAUCGCAAAAGGCGAUGGUAACGGAGCUGAGGUUCUUCUGAGCACAAUGGAGCGACACGGCGUGCAGCCUUCUCUUUCGCAAGUGGAUGCGAUCGCCGAGCUCUACGCGAACCGCGGCAUGACGGUCGAGGUUAUGCGCUACAUCACCGACCUUGAUGAGGGUGGUGUUGAGGUGACUGACCACCAUCGUGAUCUUGUCGUUCUGUCGAUGCUGGGCGGCGAGAAGCCGGACGUCACCGGAGCAAUCGACCUGCUGAAGCAGAGUGAGAAGCUUGGCAAACCCUUCCCUCAAUCGUCUUACAACCUCGUUCUCAAGAACCUGUCGAACCGGUCCACUGAUCGUCUGCCGAACGCGGAAGAGCGUAGCCAGGCUUGGGACUUGUUCGCACAAAUGCGUUUCGCGGCGCACCCCGUCCCGUCGCGCGAGGUGUAUGCGACCAUGAUCAAGGCGUGCGCGGACCCUCGCCAGCCUCAGCCGGAGCGCGCUCGCGACCUCUGGAUUGAGAUGACUGUUGACCAGCGGAUUGAGCCCUCUGGUGAAGAGUUCAAUGCCAUCAUCGGCGCGCUCGGUAGCACGAAGGAAGAUUACCUCGAAUCGUUCGACCUCAUGCGCCAGAUGCUUGCGAAGCAUAAUGAUGCGACAUGGGAGCCCUUUAAUGAAGCCCAAGCCGCGCAGCGAUCGCCCUGGGUGCCGACACUGGAGACGUUCAAUGCGCUGCUUGAGGGUGCCAAACGUGCCGGCGACCUUGACCGUGCCCGCUGGGUGUUGAACGAGGUCGUCGACCUCGCGCGCUCAUCUCGCGCCUUCGGCCGUGACGCAAUCCAGAGCCCAAACGAGGAGACGAUGGCGAGCGUUUUCAUGACGUACGCUUCUUGGAAGCCCAUCAAGCGCAGACAUGACGUGCAGGUGAUCCGACCACUUUCGCCGCGUGAUGUCACCCGAGCGGAGGAGGCUGCUGCCGCGGCUGCGGCGUCUGACCAGCGGGAAGGUGUCGUAGAGGCCCAGGUCGACCCGGAGAAGCCAAAGAUGCCGGAAACGAGCUCUGCCGCGUUGCGCGAAGUUGAUGCUCUCUUCCAGCAGUGCCUGCAAGACUACCAGCUCACGCAGGGCCGUGACGUUGACCCUUACACGGUGCCGUUUGGUAAGGUGCGCCCCACUGCGCGCCUGAUCAACUCGUACAUUUCUGCGCACUUUGUGCACGACAAGAGCAUUGAGGCGACACGCGAGGUGUACGAACGCACAUGGGCACAGGUGCGCGACAUGUUCCCGUCCCUCCACCUCCGACCUAAUGGCUGGACGUACCUCGAGAUCCUGCAGAAGUGCGGGCGCGGACGCAUGUCUGCUGCCGAUGCCAAGGCGGCACAUGCCUGGGGCUCCGAAGUGUGGGAGGAGUAUCGCGCGUGGUACCAGCAGGCGAAGAGACAGGUAUCGUGGGAGAAUGACUCACGUUCUCGAAGGCAACGCUGGCUCAUCGGCCUCGAUGACCGGCAGACGGAGCAGAUAUGGGCGGCCGGUAUCCGUAUGGCGACGAUCCAUGGAGACGUUAACGGCGCAUUGGAGCUCCUGCUCGAGUUCGCGGAGCGCUAUCCAGCCGCCGACAUUCUCCGGCAAUACGUUCCACGCGUACCGGGAGAGUUCGCCGUGCGUCUUACCGACCCGCGCAUGGUUCCGGAGGCCAACAUUCCGCCACACAUCCUCUUUAAGGACAUCGCUGUCCUGCACCAGCGCUGCGCAAUCGACGAGAAUGCCGAUGGCCUCAGCAAGAUCAAGUGGGUCACGACGGGAUACGCGAACAACCUCGCGAAGCGCAAGCGACUCCGCCUCCACGGAGCUGGUGUCAAGCGCGAGCUCGCCAAGGUAUUGAAGAAAGGAGUUCGCACAGCGCCGGAGACGCCUGAGGACGACCCUGUAGACGAGGAGCAGCCCUACCGAUAG